UCUUGUCAGUCAUCUGCAGAGGGAAGAUGGAAGACUCUUACAAGGACAGGACUUCCCUGAUGAAGGGUGCCAAGGACAUUGCCCGAGAGGUGAAGAAACAAACAGUCAAGAAGGUGAACAAAGCCGUGGACCGGGCCCAGGAUGAAUAUACUCAGAGGUCCUAUAGCCGGUUCCAAGACGAAGAAGAUGAUGAUGACUAUUACCCUCCUGGAGAAACCUACGACGGGGAGGCUCACGACGAAGAAGGCUCCAGCGAAGCCACCGAGGGUCACGAUGAGGAUGAUGAGAUCUAUGAGGGCGAGUACCAGGGUAUCCCCAGUAUGAACCAGGGCAAAGAUGGCACUGUGAUGGUGGAGCAGCCCAAGAAUGAGAAGUUCAAGGACCGCCGGGACCUGGAGUCGGAGAGGAGAGCUGAUGAGGAGGAGCUCGCCCAGCAGUAUGAGCUCAUCAUCCAGGAGUGUGGCCACGGUCGCUUCCAGUGGGCCCUUUUCUUCGUCCUGGGCAUGGCGCUCAUGGCAGAUGGCGUAGAGGUGUUUGUCGUGGGCUUCGUGUUGCCCAGCGCUGAGACAGACCUGUGCAUACCCAAUUCUGGCUCUGGAUGGCUUGGAAGCAUAGUGUACCUCGGGAUGAUGGUGGGGGCGUUCUUCUGGGGCGGCCUGGCGGACAAAGUGGGAAGGAAACAGUCUCUUCUGAUUUGCAUGUCUGUCAACGGAUUCUUUGCCUUCCUUUCUUCAUUUGUCCAAGGCUAUGGCUUCUUUCUCUUCUGUCGCUUACUUUCCGGAUUCGGGAUUGGAGGAGCCAUUCCCACCGUGUUCUCCUACUUUGCCGAAGUGCUGGCCCGAGAGAAGCGGGGUGAGCAUCUCAGCUGGCUCUGCAUGUUCUGGAUGAUCGGCGGUAUCUACGCCUCUGCCAUGGCCUGGGCCAUCAUCCCGCACUAUGGGUGGAGCUUCAGCAUGGGCUCAGCUUACCAGUUCCACAGUUGGCGUGUGUUCGUGAUCGUCUGCGCACUCCCCUGUGUCUCCUCCGUGGUGGCCCUCACGUUCAUGCCCGAAAGCCCACGCUUCUUGUUGGAGGUUGGAAAACACGAUGAGGCUUGGAUGAUUCUGAAAUUAAUUCAUGAUACAAACAUGAGAGCACGGGGUCAGCCUGAGAAGGUCUUCACUGUAAACAGAAUUAAAACCCCUAAACAGAUAGAUGAACUGAUUGAAAUUGAGAGUGACACUGGAACUUGGUAUAGGAGGUGUUUUGUUCGGAUCCGCACGGAACUGUAUGGAAUUUGGCUGACUUUUAUGAGAUGUUUUAACUACCCUGUCAGGGAAAAUACAAUCAAGCUCACAAUUGUUUGGUUCACUCUGUCCUUUGGGUACUAUGGACUGUCUGUAUGGUUCCCUGAUGUCAUUAAACAUCUGCAGUCGGAUGAAUAUGCAUCAUUAAUUAGAAAGGUGCAGAGAGAGAAAUAUGCAAAUUUCAGUAUUAAUUUUACAAUGGAAAAUCAGAUUCAUACUGGAGUGGAAUACGACAAUGGCAGAUUCCUUGGGGUCAAGUUCAAAUCCGUCACUUUCAAGGACUCAGUGUUUAAGGCCUGCACCUUUGAAGAUGUGACUUCACUCAAUACCUACUUCAGAAACUGCACUUUUAUUGACACUGUGUUUGACAACACAGAUUUUGAGCCAUAUAAAUUCAUUGACAGUGAGUUUCAAAACUGCUCGUUUUUUCACAACAAAACGGGAUGCCAGAUCACUUUCGAUGAUGACUACAGUGCCUACUGGAUCUAUUUUGUCAACUUCCUGGGGACAUUGGCAGUGUUGCCAGGGAACAUCGUCUCGGCUCUCCUGAUGGACAGAAUUGGGCGUUUGACCAUGCUAGGGGGCUCUAUGGUGCUCUCAGGGAUCAGCUGUUUCUUCCUUUGGUUCGGCACCAGCGAGUCCAUGAUGAUCGGCAUGCUGUGUCUAUACAACGGAUUGACUAUCUCGGCCUGGAACUCUCUUGAUGUGGUCACUGUGGAAUUGUACCCCACUGACCGGAGAGCGACAGGCUUUGGGUUCUUGAAUGCCCUCUGCAAAGCGGCAGCCGUCCUGGGAAACUUAAUUUUCGGCUCCCUGGUGGGCAUCACCAAAGCCAUCCCCAUCCUGCUGGCCUCCACCGUGCUCGUGUGUGGGGGGCUGGUGGGGCUGCGCCUGCCCGACACACGGACCCAGGUCCUGAUGUGAUGCGGUCCAGCCCUGGCCCAUGUCAGCUCCCCUGGCGGACAGACUCGAGGCUUCCGGUUUCCCAGAUGACCCAGGUGGCUCCAUACCAGAACACUCCUACUCCCG